AAAAUAUCAACAUUCACAAGAAUAAUCCAACUAUGUUAGAUUUUUAUGUGGCUCAAAUGCACCAAAUUUUAGGAAAACGUGAAGUUGGACAGUGCAGGAGAAAAAUCUGAGUAAAAAAAAAUAUUUCAGUGUCCACAGGAAUGUUCUCAUGUGAAUUCUGUGUUUUUUCUGCAUCUCUAUACUUUUCCGUUGGCUUGACUGUGAGGAUGGUAACCUAACCCUAACCACCACAGAGAUGCACACGUGCCAGAACUCUGAAUAAAAACUGGAAACUGACUAGUCAAAGCCUCCUUUCAUACUAGGACCUAAGUGACUCCCAUUCUUCGAAGCUGAUUUUUUUCCGGUUUAAAGAAGAACUGCUUGAAUCUGUGAGGACACUGGAAUGGACAUUUGUCUAUGUUUUCCAUGUCGUUGUGGAUGCAAUGAAAAAGCCCUUCGAAAAGCAGAUAAGACUUCAGUACACUAAGAGAUGCUACCUGUAAAUAUUCCAUUUAGAUUACCAUCAGUCUGAAGGAAAGGGUUGGGAUUCUGUGAACGUUUUGGAGAAAGUAAACACUCGGAAAGGACGCGGGGUGGCGCUGCAGCAUUAGAAGUAAAAGGAAGAAAGCUACCAGUCCGCCCUCGUAGCCAGACGCUCUGCUAGAAAAGCAAGCAGGAAGGGGAGGCUUUCUGGUGCGGUAGCUCGGGGAUAUCAGGGCCUUAGGCGUCUCUACUCAUCCAGGUAUCUGGGACUUAUUCAGAGACAGAGUCCGCGACUGCGCGACCCCGAGCUGGGUCAGGUUUGCCGGGAGACCGGAAGGCGAUGGAGUCCAGAGAAGGAAAGAAACGCUCUGUGAAACAAAGGCAAGUCUUGAUAUUCUUUGUUUUGCUGGGUAUAGCUCAGGCUGGUUCAGAGCCUAAACACUAUUCAGUGGCCGAGGAAAUGGAGAGUGGCUCCUUUGUGGCCAAUUUGCUAAAAGACCUGGGGCUGGAGGUAGACGAGCUAGCUGCGCGGGGGGCCCGCGUCGUUUCCAAAGGGAAAAAAAUGCGUUUGCACUUGGAUAGGCAGACCGGGGAUUUGUUGUUAAAUGAGAAACUGGACCGGGAGGAGCUGUGCGGCCGUAGCGAGCCCUGUGUGCUGCCUUUCCAGGUGUUACUGGAAAAUCCCUUGCAGUUUUUUCAGGCUGAGCUACAAGUUAGGGACAUAAAUGAUCAUCCCCCGGUUUUCCUAGACAAAGAAAUAAUUUUGAAAAUCUCAGAAAGUAUCACUCCCGGAGCUGCUUUCUUAAUAGAAUGUGCCCAGGACUUAGAUGUAGGAAGCAACAGUCUCCGAAGUUACACAGUCAGCCCCAGUUCCCACUUCCAUCUUAAAUUACAAGAGAGCCCUGAAGGCGUGAUAUUGCCACAGCUGGUGCUGGACAAGCCGCUGGACCGCGAGGAGCGGCCUGAGAUCUUGUUAACUCUCACGGCGCUGGACGGGGGCACUCCGCCCAGGUCUGGCACCGCACUGGUCCGCGUUGAAGUCUUGGACAUCAAUGAUAACGCCCCAGAAUUUGCAAAGCUGCUCUAUGAAGUCCAGGUCCCGGAAAACAGCCCCAUUGGAUCCCAGGUUGCUGUCGUCUCGGCUAGAGAUUUAGACAUUGGAGCCUAUGGAGAAAUAUCGUAUGUAUUUUCCCAAGCUUCUGAAGAUAUUCGCAAAACUUUUCAAAUAAAUGCGAAAUCGGGAGAACUCCUUUUAACACAGAAACUGGACUUCGAAUCCAUUCAGACUUAUACAUUAAAUAUUCAGGCGACAGACGGAGGGGGUCUAUCUGGAAGUUGUGCGGUGUUUGUCCAGGUGAUGGACUUGAAUGACAACCCUCCGGAACUGACCAUGUCAACGCUGGUCAAUGAAAUCCCAGAAAACCUGCAGGAGACCAUAGUUGCUGUGUUCAGUGUUUCAGAUCUUGACUCCGGAGACAAUGGGAGGAUGGUUUGCUCCAUCCAAGAUGAUCUUCCGUUCUUCCUCAAACCCUCUGUUGAAAAUUUUUACACCCUGGUGACAAACACAGCCCUGGAUCGAGAGAUGACAUCCCAGUACAACAUCACCAUCACUGUAACAGACAUGGGGACUCCCAGACUGAAGACCCAGCACAGCAUAACUGUGGUGGUCUCUGACGUCAAUGACAACGCCCCGGCCUUCACCCAAACCUCCUACACCCUCUUCAUCCCAGAGAACAACAGCCCCGCCAUGCACGUAGGCAGCGUCAGCGCCACAGACAGAGACGCGGGAGCCAACGCCCAGGUCACCUACUCCCUGCUGCAGCCCCAGGACCCCAGCCUGCCCCUGGACUCCCUGGUGUCCAUCAACGCCGACAACGGCCACCUGUUCGCCCUGAGGGCGCUGGAUUUCGAGGCCCUGCAGGCAUUUGAGUUCCUGGUGGGCGCCACAGACCGCGGGUCCCCGGCGCUGAGCAGCCAGGCGCUGGUGCGCGUGCAGGUGCUGGACGUCAAUGACAACGCGCCCUUUGUGCUGUACCCGCUGCAGAACGGCUCUGCACCCUGCACUGAGCUGGUGCCCAGGGCGGCCGAGCCCGGCUACCUGGUGAGCAAGGUGGUGGCGGUGGACAGCGACUCGGGCCAGAACGCCUGGCUGUCUUACCAGCUGCUCAAGGCCACAGAGCCCGGGCUGUUCAGCGUGUGGGCGCACAAUGGCGAGGUGCGCACUGCGCGGCUGCUGAGCGAGCGCGACGCGGCCAAGCACAGGCUGCUGCUGCUGGUCAGGGACAAUGGCGAGCCUCCUCUGUCAGCCAGCGUCACGCUGCAUGUGCUGCUGGUGGAUGGCUUCUCCCAGCCCUACCUGCCGCUGCCCGAAGUGGCGGCGGACCGGGUCCAGACUGACCCGCUCACUGUCUACCUGGUCAUCGCGUUGGCGUCGGUGUCAUCGCUCUUCCUGUUCUCGGUGCUGGCGUUCAUCGCGGUGCGGCUGUGCAGGAGGAGCAGGUCUGGCCUGAUGGGUGGCUGCUCGGUGCCUGAGGCCCACUUUCCCGGCCACCUGGUGGAUGUCAGCGGUACUGGGACCCUGUCCCAGAGCUACCAGUAUGAGGUGUGUCUGAUGGGAGGCUCAGGAACCAGCGAGUUCAAGUUUCUCAAACCGAUUCUCCCCAGCUUCCUUAGUGAAGGUGAGGAGAGGGUUAGCGAGGCAAAGCCCAGUUUCAGGGAUAGCUUUGAAUUCAGUUAAGAUUUAAGAAGGGUCUACUAACCGUAGUCUCGUUUGUAAAAUAAUUACAAAUUAGCCCUAGUUAAUUUGUCAAAAUUCCCUUUGUACUGCUUUGCCCAUUGGGGUUGUAUCUUUUUAUUUGAAAUGUAAAUACUUCAGUUCAGUGCACGCACCUUACCAGAGUUUAUAAAUGUGUUGCUUUGUGGUGUAAUGAAUGCUAACUUUCUUUGUGUUCUCAUUAGUGAUUAGUCUCCUUAUAACUUAAUUUCAUUUAAAAUGUGUAAGUAGCCCUUGCUGCUGUAGAUGGUUGGGCAUCAUCCUGCCAACCAAAAGGUCACAGGUUCCAGGUUCCAUUCUGGGCCAGGGCACAUGCCUGGGUUGCUGGUACAAUAUUGGGCAUAUUUCUCUCCCUCUCUCUCUAAAACAAUAAAUAAAGUUACAAAAAUAAAACAUGAGAGUAAAUUUUUUCCAAAGUCUGAAUUUUUAAGUUAGAGCACCUUUUUCCAAACUCUCUUCCUGGGGGGCCUAGGUAAUUUUGCAGCCCUACAUUUUUGAAUGUCUGCUCUCACUAUAUAGGGUUAUUCUUUUUCAGGCUCAGAGUGUUUGUUAUUCUCUUGGGCUAGUGUAACUUUUAUCCUGUGAGGUCACAUUGGCUAAAACCAUUAAUAUAAGUAUGUUCAUAAAAAAACAAAGCACUCCCUCACAUUUUUCUAAAUAUAUACUUUGCAAAGUGUCCAUACAUGGAAAUUAUGAUUCUUUAGAGAUUGUGAGAACUUUUGACUAUUGGAUUCCACAAAACAUCACAUCAAGUAUUCAAUAAAUCCACCACUAAUGUUCCAGAAUGUAGUUAAAUAUGCAGCACAUGUACAGUCAUUUUCAAGACAUGCUAAUUCUUCAUGCAAUUACAAUUUCAGAACAAUUUUAACCUCUGUUUAUUUCAAUCACUCCUUUUAAAAAAUCUCAAUUUUAAUUAUUAAAAACUGUCUAUUAACUUUGAACACUUAAUAUCCAAAAGAUUGAGGGAAUGCAUGUCUUUGUCCUUAACCAAAGUUUAUAAACUUCCAGUGUAGUUUGGCAUUGCAUUUUUUUAAGUUUCUGGAGGAUUAUGAUUGAAUUGAAUAUAAGCUCCCAGGGAAAAGACUGAUUUUGGUCUGUCUGCUCAUUCCGUCUUUUUGUGGUUUUUUUGGUAUUGAGCACUUCUCUUUUCCCUUUUCCAUUUCCUACCUUUCAAAGCUUUUUUCCUUUUUAGGUGCUUGAAUUGUGUUUCUCAACAGCUCCUCAUUUAAUACACAAUUAGCACAAUGACUUAAAGAUUAUAGGUUCUUAAUAAAUUUUUUGAAUGAGAGGAAGAAAGGAGUGUCUUUAUUUCACCUGUGAUGUAUAUUGAUAUUUUAAAACUCACAGGAUAAACUUCUGCUGGAAUUAAGUGCUCUCUAAUGCAUAAUGAAUUUAUGUAUAGUAUAUCAUUAUUAAUUGAAGUAGUCACUUUUAUUCGAAUGCUAUGCGGUUGUCAGUCCCUGGUGUCUCUUUCCUUCAACAUAUUUUUCCUUUUUUUCUUCCUGCUUAAUUUGAUCUCUUCUCCCCCUCUCAGCUUAGGAACACAAAUGGGGAAAUUAUGUUUUGUAUUUUAUAAUUUAAAUUUUCUUUUAUAAUUCUCUAAAAGAUUCAUUCAACUUCUCUAUUUCUUGCACUUCAAUUUUUGAUCCACACAUUAAAAUAAAAAUUUUAAUUCUCAAUGUUCUUCAUUUUAAUGCUUGAGGUAUGCUAUUAAAAUUAUAAAAUCAAUUUUAAAGGUCUUAUUUUGAGAUUAGCAGUGGUGUAAACCACCAUCUUGUUAUCCAAAAUCUCUUAUUAACCAACUUAUUACCUGUGGGGUCUUGGAUAAGUCACAUAGUUUCUCUUUCCCUCCAAAUGACAAAAACAGCUAGUUCAAUAGCUUGCAGUUAUUAUUAUUAAAUAAGUUAAUAUAAAGGUAUAGAAGUAUAAUUGUUAUUUUACUUACCACUAAUAUUAAGACUAAAUUUCAUAGAUGAGCCUUCACAUUCCUGAUCAUUGUGAAGGAGCUAGAUUGAAUACAUAUUUGUGUUGUUUCAUUUCUUUGCCUAAAAGCUUGCAAUAGCUUCCCUUCAGUCUUAGAAUAAAAUCCAUGCACCCAUUAUUUGGCCCAAGUUCACCUCUCUGGCCUUCUCUUCCCACAUACUCCUGAGACAGUGAGUUCUGGGUAUGCUGACCUUCCUUCGUUGUCUAGAAUAGCUAUGAUCGACUGUCCCAGGGCCUUUACAUAUCAGCUCCUCGUACAUGGAAUCUUCCCUUUCCACAGUCUUAGCCCAGCAAGCUUCUCAUCCUUAGUGUUCCAUAUUAAAUGGCACAUCUUUGGGGAAACUUUCUCAAAUCUCCCCACCCCAUUAAAUUACAUCCUGUUAGCUAUACUGUCAAAUGUACUAAGUACAUUUCCUACAUAGCACUUUUCACACUGACAUCUGUUU